AAAGAUGAUCAUAUUGAAUAAAGGGAUAAAUAUGUAAUGUUUAGCCUUAUUUAAUAAAAACCAAACAUAUGAUCAUAUUUUUUGGAAGAAUGAUACGUUUUAGUCUCAUUUUGAGCACUUUCCUCAUAAGUAAACGGUUGGUUUAGUCACAUUCAAAUUGACUAAAUCAAUUGAAAUUAAUGAAAUUCUGGCUGAAGCAUUUGAAUUGACACAAUUUAAUGAAUUAUAGAUUUUUUGGAAGCAUAGAAAAAUACUACCUAUUAUUCAACAACAAGAGGUGGGGGUAUUGGCGAUCUAGCCAUGGAUCAGGGGUUGACAGAUUUGGUCCCGGCCCUCGGCACGGGUGAUGAACAGACUACAGAUCAACAGUCUGUUCCCCUCCUAAACCGCCGCCUUGGACUGAUCGAGAUGUCAGGGUUUGGGAGAUGAAAUUUCAAGAAAACAGUCAAAAAGAAGUUCGGAGUAUUUGUGAGUUAGUCUAUUUUUAUGGUCUUAUUUUCUUGUUAUGUUUGUUUACGGCCGGUGUUCCGUUUUUUGUUAAGGACUUUAGUUUUAGAAGGAUCUAUAUGGCCAGUGAUUGUUGUGUCACACCCACUUGGUGGUUAGCGAUUCGUAUUGCUCUUUUAAGGGUGAUCGUCUCAGAGUCUAGCCGUAAGGUUGAUUGUGAUAGUUGGUUAGGGAUAGUUUUUGUCACAGUUGGUCUUUUUGAGUUUGUUGUAACAAUUCUCUUCCUAAUGGUUUAAUAUAAGUGUUGGAUUUAUUGAUAAAAAAACAACUAAAGUAGUUGUCCACGGUUCUUUUCCCAAUUUAGUUAAACAAUUUAUUUUAACUUUACUUUUACUAGUUUUACACAGUUCAUUGUGCAGAAUCAAAUGUUAUUUGUUUAAUAAAAUAAAUUGACACAUAAGUUUGACAUGAUGAAACAGGGACCCCUGAACGGGGUCAAUAUUGAAGUCCUAUUUUUGUUUAGCCCUAUUGAAAUUAAUUUCUUUACUUUUAUAUUUAAGGAGUACACGUGUUUCAACAUUACAAAUAAUUUAAGGAGCACGUUGUGUGCUCUUUAUUGAGCACAUAACUCAUCUAGAUUGCUGCCUUUUGAUGUAUCCAAAAAAACUCAUCUAGAUUGCUCAAGUUUGGAAAAUUAUCCAUACUCCGUAUAAAAUUUAACUAUUAAAUUGAAAUAUAACCUUAGAUUUUUAGGAAUAUAUAAGUAUUGUUUGGUAAUUGUCGUAAGAUGUUAGUUCAUUAUAUUAUCAUAAUCAAUAUUAUAAAGAUAACAUACAUAUGGAGAAUAACAAAUAAUGAUGACAACAACACUAAUAACAACAACAACAACAACCCCGUACUAGUGGUAUAUUGAAAACUAGUUAUGCAAUGCGCGUUGCGCGACAAGAAAAUGCCCAAUAUAAUUUUCCAUUGUGUUGAUAUAAGAUAUUACAUAUACAUUAUUCAAUAGCAAAAGUAAUUUGAAGAAAAUUGCAUACAAAAACUUUGUUAGUAUAUGCAUUACUGUUAAUAUAAUGAAAAAUGGAUUAUAUGCUUUAAGGUGGUUGCAUUUACAGCAUAAGUAGUGGAGCCAAAGUUGAAUCUACCGGUAAAAAGAAUGUUUUCAAAUAAAUUUUUACACAUAAUCAUUUACACUAAAAAUACAAGUUUUUUCAAAGUUGGGUGGGCUAGGGCCCGGUCAGCCCCCCUCACAUCCACCCCUGGUUGCAUUGUUACAAUUGUGAGCUAAUAUCAGCAAACUCGUUGAAAUAUGAGCUAAUAUCACAUGUCCAAUUACAAUAUUACGGACCUGAUAAAUUCGAAGGUACUUCUUUGUCCCUUAAAACUUUGUCAAAAUUUUUAAUUGAUCAAGUUAAAACUUUUACGUAUUCAACAUUUUCAUAGAAAGUUAUUUAUAAUGAAAAAAUUACGAGUAUUUGAAAAUGUUGUUUAUUAGAAAUAUUUUUCAUAAAAAUAUAAAAUUUAUAACUCAAUUAUUUUCCAAACUUUUUCACCUGUCACGUCAAAGAUAACAAAAUUAUAAGAGAUGGUGUAGUAAAUUCAGCAUAAAUGAUAAAAUUUGACUACACUAUCAUCCAGUGUGCCAUAGACAAUCAAUUUAAAUUUUGAAGUAAAAUAAGUCAACAGAAAGAAACAGUGCUAUUUAGUACUUUACCAUCUCAUUUUUGUAUCUCCUUACAAGAGAUUAGCUAUGGAAUCAAUUGCAUCUCUCCCUCUGUAUUUCUUUGCAUUAGCUUCUGUAGUAUUAAGGUUAUCGGUAUCCUUCUAGUCAGUGAAUUUAAUAUUUUAAAAAACAAUGAUUGAAUAAAUAUGUUUAAAAUCGAUUUUAUGUGAGCUGAGCAAGAAAGAAAAGAACUAGUAGUUCAGUUGAAAUAGAUUUUAAAAUUUUCUUUUUUUCUGGACAAAAAAGUGUUAGAGGGAGCGUGUAAACUGCAACCCGUCAAUUCAAUUUCCCCAUUGACAUUUUUCUAAAUUAUGAAAAGAGUGUAUUGAAAAUUAAAGAUCUACAAAACUAACUCUUGAAUUAGAGACUAAAUUUUUUGUUUAGGAAGUUACCAUUAAAACCAAUUUUACAAACAAUUUACUUUAUCCCAAAUUUUCAGCAUUAGUUUUUUUCAGAAAGUUGAGAAGCCACUCCGUUUUUAGUGCUAAAUGGGAUCAUCACCUAUUCAUUUAAGUGGUCAGUGUUUUUCAUUUUCCAGAUUGACAUUCUUUAAAAGAAGAGGGACAAAUCUAUUAUAAUAAUCACUUAUUGAAAAUUAAACAGUUUCCAUUUCACAAAAAUACAACUAAAAAUACAUUUUAUAAACACUUUUACUUCAACCGAAUACACAACCCAUUAGUCCCAUUUUUCUCAGCAAACCCAGCUCACUCAAUAAGCCCUUUAUAGUCAAAUACAAUUAAAUUCUUAACGAGACUAACUUGAUAUUUAUUUAUUUAUUUAUUUAUUUAUUUAUUUAUUUAUUUAUUUAUUUAUUUAUUUAUUUAUUUAUUUAUUUAUUUAUUUAUUUAUUUAUUUAUUUAUUUAUUUAUUUAUUUAUUUAUUUAUUUAUUUAUUUAUUUAUUUAUUUAUUUAUUUAUUUAUUUAUUUAUUUAUUUAUUUAUUUAUUUAUUUAUUUAUUUAUUUAUUUAUUUAUUUAUUUAUUUAUUUAUUUAUUUAUUUAUUUAUUUAUUUAUUUAUUUAUUUAUUUAUUUAUUUAUUUAUUUAUUUAUUUAUUUAUUUAUUUAUUUAUUUAUUCUCCAUAGAAAUUGACAUGGCUGCAGCCAACCUGGUAGUAAUUAUACACCUCAAUAGCAUAUAAACUACUCUGUAGAGAAAGAAACUUGGAAGUUAUUAACCAUCUCAAUGCUCAAAGCAUAGGUUUGACAUAGUUUCUCAAAUGCUCUUUCUGGUGUACCCCAAUGAUCACAACAAUCUUGAGUUGUUGUGAAAAGCAAAAAAUACACACAUUUUCUUACAAUCCUUUAAAGCAAAUGUGUAAUUUCUUUAGCCACAAGGUUGCCUAGAAGCUGCAAGUAUGUAAAACAAGAUGUAUGGCGACUAUAUAGUUCGAAACUUGCUAGCACAAUAAAAAGUAAAAACUCACAAGACAUGAAGAAAGUAUAUUGUGUAAUAUGACGAUAUAAAAGGAACACACUGCAGAAUCCUUAACAGAGCCAAUACUGUCAAUUAGUUGUUGUAUGAAGCACACUAAUGAUCUUUUGGCCUCAAGUUCCUUUAUCUAUAAGAACAAAUACAACUUAUCCGUCAUAAACUCUACAAGUUACAUUUAUGAACAAUGUAAAUAAAUUGCAAACUACCAUUUCAGUAAGAUAAACGAGACAUUGGUACCACAUUGAAUCUAUCUUAUUAUCCCUUUGAAAAAAAUUACUAAGUUAUUGAGUUGGAAAUGUGGUCUCCUACCUAACUAAAUUUGGAGGAAUUGAUACACAAGGAAUCAUAUGCAGUUGUGAGCCUUAGUCUUGACCAGUUUCUUUUCAUUUAGGUCCCUUCUUUGUUUCUUAGAGAUAUACCUAGAGUUUUGAAAGAGCUACCAAACAAUUAUAAAUAUGAAAAGAGUGUCUUGUGGGCAUUUUUACAAACACGUAGUUAGCACACUGAAUUCCAAGUUGGUCAAAAUUUAAUAGCUAACACUUUUUAAAAUCAAUUUUUUAACUGAAUUGAUUAAUGCUAUUUGUUUCGGUGUUUGUUUCAAGAAUAAAGAAUGGGUAAGACUUCGGCAUUGGGCAUUACAUGGUCCAAUAAUCUGAAAAUGUGAGAGAUCAAAAAUGUAGUUGGAUUUUUUUGUAGAACUAACAAUUACCAUGUACUAUUUUGACCUGGCAGAUUUGCAUAUUUGGCUUCUGUUUAAUAAAUAGCAGCUUAAACAUAAGAGCACAUGAUAAGAGAUUUAUUAUAGAAUUAACAAAAUGGAAGGAAAGCAGAAAUCUUAACCAUAUCUAAACCAACUUUUUGGAUAAACCUGUAACGCCUGUAGGCAAGUAGGGUCUUCCAUCUUCUUCGUAGGACUUCCACCUUCUUCAUAAAGUAGGGUCUUUCAUCUUCUUCUUCAAGACAACAUUUGAACUCACGAAGUGGCUGGUGUGAAUUGAUGAAGUGGUGAGGAUCGAUAUGACAAAAAAUAGAUCAUUGGUGCUAAAAGGGUUACCCGCAAGAAGGGAGCAUUAGUGGAUUACACGUGAGAAAUUGUUUAAUCUUUGACAAAUGUUCAUACCAUCAUAUCUAUAAUAGCAGGCGAAGAAUUGUGACAGACUUUCCUCCAUCCACAAUCGCGGACUCAUAAGAACUUGAAUAGAGGAAGAUGGAGAAAACUUUAUGCAUAUUAAGUUUGAAAAUUGAAUAAGAUCAUAAUUGGAAGUUGGAACCAUUAAUAAUUACAAAAGAAAUCAAAGGGCAGAAGGUACGAAGGAGAAAACAAUGGGAAAUGCACGAAGGGAAAAAAAUGGGAGAUGGGCAGCUAG